AUGGAUAGUGGUGGCGAGGACGGGCCAAGCCCUGUUGCAGAUCCCGCUGGACCUCACACAACAACACCAGAUGUCUCCACAUGCAUGGUCCAACCUGCAGUGCCCAAGCCACCCCAUGUGGCCGCUCCAGGUGCUCCAGGACGCAUAUACCCAGGUCCAAGCACUUGCUCUCCCUCUCCCCCUCAUUUUUUGCAAUUGGAGAAAGGGAAAGGUAGAGCUGCUGCCUUGAAUGGUGACCUGCCGGUCAUCCUCGCUGGAGGUCGCAACUUACAGUGA